AUGCUCCCGAGAGUGCCGGCGCAAGGGCGGCCCCGCUCACCCCGGCCUCGCCCGCGCAGGGAGGCGCUGGGGCGGGGGGCGGCCUCGCUGAGCCUGGGCGAGGGGAAGGCCACGCUGCGGCUGCGGGAGGAGGCGGCCCGGGGCUGGGCCCUGGAUCUCUUCAAGCUGCCCAUCGCCGAGGCGAGGAGCCAGCUCCAGGCGCUGGUGUUCGGCAUGGCGGGGCGCGUCGAGAGCCUGGAGAGGCGGCUGGAGGCGGCAGAGACACUGGCGUCUUCCUGCAGCCCUGAGAAGAAUGCUGCCCGGAGCCAGCAGCUCUUCCUGCCAGACCCCAGCCCCAGGAAAAACAGGGGUGCUGGCUCAGCUUUGCCAGCCAAGAGGAAGAUCCCGGGCGAGUCUCUCAUUAACCCUGGCUUCAAAAGCAAGAAGGCACCGUCUGGAGUGGAUUUCGAGGACUCCUGA